AUGGCCACGGAGGAUGAUAACUUUGAUAUUGACAUUUAUGGGGAUGGGGGCUACAGCGCGAACGAACAAGGCGACUUCAAGCAGGAAGAUCCGGAGCUUAUCCUAGACGCGCCCGAAAACCCGGCACAGCAGGGCCACUCUUCGGAGGCUAAAUACAGUAACGGCGAGACGACAACGGGCACAAACGGCAGCCAUGUAACAAGCACAGAUACGACGGACCAACGCCGGGAGCCAGUAACCAAGGAACCCCCCCAGCAAGGCGUCAAACGCAAAGAGCUGGACGACCGGCAGACAGACCCUGACGCCACGACAGCGCUGCUGAUCUCCGAUCUCUUCUGGUGGACCACCGACGAUGACAUCCGGGGCUGGGUGCAGCAGGCCGGGUGUGAAGAUGAGCUGAAGGAUGUGACCUUCAGCGAACAUAAAGUGAAUGGAAAGAGCAAAGGGCAAGCUUUCCUGGAAUUCCUGACCCCGCAGGCGGCGACGGCAACGAAGCACAAGAUCGAAUCGCCGAGCACAUCAGGCCCGGCGGGCCGCAAGCACAUGAUCAACUACACGAACCCGCACACGAACCCGUUCCGGACGCUACCCAAGGACAACCCGAUGCGCAAGGACAACCAGAGCCGCGGCGGGCCCGGCGGGUUCAACGCCCCGCCGAACCAGAACAUGGGCUUCGGGAUGAACAACAUGGGCGGAGGCGGCGGGUCGUUCCGCGGCGGUGGCCGGGGCGGGUUCAACAACCGCGGCGGAGGUGCCGGCGGGAUUGGCAACGCGAUGGGCGGGGGCGCCGGCGGGUUUGGCGGGAACCGCAACUUCCAGGGCUCCAUGGGCGGUGGGUUCCAGGGGAACCCGAUGGUGGGCGGGUUCCAAGGCGGACCGAUGGGCGGGAUGCAAAACUACGGGGGCUUCAAUAAUCGGGGUGGCGGCAUGAUGGGCGGCGGCGGCGGUGGUGGUGGCGGGAUGCGCGGCGGGCCAGCGAUGCGUGGUGGCCGUGGCGGCGGGGGACAAGGCUUCCAAGGCCCCAAUGCUCCCUUUCAACAAGGGUUCUUCCCUCAGAACCAAGGUGUAGGAGACGGCACAUGGAACCCGCACGGUGCAAAGCGCAGUCGACAGGAAUGA